ACCUGGGAAUCCUUCCAGCAGGUGGCUUCCAAAGUCCAACCUGCUAGGUUGAAAUCUGACACUGACAGAGACUCCCUGGGAGCUGCUACUGAAAGCUAAACCGGGAACCAGGAAAUGCACAAGCCUUUUUAUGUACAAAAACAGCUGGGCUCCCUCUGAGACAGAGCACCAUGGGAAACCGGCUCUGCUGCGGGGGAAGCUGGAGCUGCCCAUCAACUUUCCAGAGGAAAAAGAAAAUGGGGAGCCAAGGAAGACGAACACUGAAGCAGCAUCAGCAGCAGAUUGGCACCAAGGUGAUGACAGGCCUCGGUCCCCUCCAGAGGGCUGCUCACACAUGGGAUCCCAGGACUCAGCUUGUUCAUCCUGGGACAGACACAUCUCAGUUAUCUGUAGAACUUGCUGAUUCUGCCCAUCCUCCUCUGCCCCCCAAAGGAGCAAAGCGAAGGGACCUCAGUGUAACUGACCCUGCAUUGGAGGUGAGGGGCAAAACCAAGCCAAGAACCUCCCUUAAUGCUCUCCCUUCCUCUCAGGGCCAUGACACAACAGGACAUACGUCCAAGCGGGUGUUAGGGCAGCCUGCAUCUCAGGAGAGGAGUCAAGGCCUCAGGUCGGAGGAGAGCAGCUUACAUUACGCAGACAUUCAAGUGUGCAGCCGUACCCAGCCACGUUCUGCCCGGGAGGUGAAGCAUCUGCAGUUAGAAAACGCUACAGAGUAUGCAACUCUUCGCUUCCCCCAGGCCACACCCCGCUAUGACAGCAAAAACGGGACCCUAGUGUGAGCCUUGGGGAGGAAGGAUCGGUUUCCAUCAUUUCACCACUACUCCUGGGGAGAAUCUCCUGCUUUGGGGAAUUGGCUGGUGGCCCACGGGACGGCGACCAUGUUUUAAGCUUAAAGACUCCAGAGCCCUUGGAAUUUUGAGUGUCCCUAGUCUUGCUCUCUCCCCUAUUCCUCUCUCUUAUUUGCCACCGUUAGCUUGAAGUUGUAUUUGGGUUAGCUAGGGGUGGAUGGAGUUCCACAAAAUGAGGGGGCUAGAUUGAGUGUACAGGAAAGGAGGUUUUUGAUCCCUACUUUUGUUCCUGCUCUCAAAAAAAGUGCAGAAAGAACAGAUUACCCCUUAAGCACUUAGCUAAUUUUGUUGGACUUAAUUUAACGGUAUCUCUUGUACACAACUUAAACUCCAAAGUUGAAGAAGAGAUGCUCUGGAAAAGCAUUCUGAGCUCUUGUACACAGCCUCCAGGGCUGGCGUGGGCAAUUUCCUCAGUGGGUGGGUCGGGGGUCCCAGACCUAAAGAGACAAAUGAGGGGAGGGGCUGAGGCAUGGAGGGAGAACGCUUGGACCGUCAGUUACAAGGACCUGAAGUCACUGAUACUGACAGCACCGCGUGGCCCAGAAACUCCCCUUGGCUGGACUGUUGGCUCUCGCACGUGCAGAGCCGCUAGGAUCAAUAAAUCGCGCAAGGAACACGCCUGGUGCGUUUUCUAGGGCGGGGGUUCUGCGUGCUCUGCGUAAAAUGAGGGGGCUAAGUUGAGGUGAGCUCAACCUAAGGGCGGUCCGGACGUCCAACCGCUUCGCCCGAGGCGGAGGGGGUGUGGUUUGGACGGACAGGAAGCGGUCUCCUAUCUGCCGUAAGCCGAGCUCUCUGGGCGGG